CAGACGAUGAGAAGGAUAAAUGACCGACGUUUCUUCUUUUCACGGGCAGAAAAAUGACCGUUGUUCUUUUUGCUGACCAAUAGGCAAUUUACUUUUACCGAGAGACGAAAACACAAAAUUUCAUGUAAGAGGUUUCCCAGCCGCGUCCCCUCAAGAUGCGCGUUUUCGCGGCGAAGUCGAGCGGCAGCUUUGCUGCUGCCCGGGGCGGCACGUCUUCCUCCACCUCCAGGGUUUGCAACAACCAGAGGCAGCAGCGACGCAACCUCAACAUAGGUGUGCUGAAGGAAGCCGGGAAGGAACGCCGCGUGACCAUGGUACCCGCCGUGGCGCAGAAAUUCAUCAAGGACGGAUACAAGGUCACGGUGGAAACCAACGCGGGGGCGAAAUCGGGUUUUUCUGACCAAGCGUUUAAGGACGCGGGGUGCGAGGUCCUAGCGCGGGACAAGAUGAUUGCCUCCUCCAAGUUGAUUUUUGGCCUGCACCCACCGGAGGACAAGGAACUGACGAAGUUCAAGGACAAAAUGCUCGUCAACUGGGUACUUAUCUAUAAUUUCCAGAAGGCGACCGCGACGCGGCUGCUGUUGUAUCUGCAAUUCUUGUUCAUGCUUGUUGUAAGAAUCUUCGCAUGAAAUAUUAAAGUGUCGUACCUCGCACCUCAAAUGCUCCUAGGUUGGCCGCAUGCUGCCUGCCGGUAAAGCGAAAGUUGCCGCGGCCGCGAAGGCCGGCUGCACCCUCGUGGACACCACGGCGGCGCCGCGGAUCACCAUCGCACAGAAGCUGGAUGUCCUCUCCUCGCAGGCCAAGGUUGCCGGGCACCGGGCGGUGAUCGAGGGGGCGUACGCGUUUGAAAAGUUCCACAGUCCCGAGGUGACCGCCGCGGGGAAGUACCCGCCGAGUAACACCUUCGUGCUGGGUGUCGGCGUCGCCGGGCUCGCGGCCAUGGGAACCUCGAAGGCUUUAGGUUCCCAGGUGCGGGCGUGGGACGUGCGGGACGUCAGCGACCAGGUGCAGAGUAUGGGCGCAAAGUGGGUCACCGUGGACUUUAAGGAAGAUGGCGCGGGCGCGGGCGGAUAUGCGAAGGAGUCCAGUCCGGAGUUUUUGAAGGCGCAGAAGGAAACCUUUGCGAAGCACUGCAAGGAAUGCGACAUUGUGAUCACAACGGCCGCGAUUCCCGGACGGCCCAGUCCAAAGUUGAUCGAAGGUAUUUGGAAUACCUGUACAACACCCGCUCUGUCCUAGCACUAAAGACAGAACGUGUUGAAAAUUUUACAAAUGCAGAUGAAACAUGAUCAGCAUCAGGCUAAACGAUGAAGCUUCAGUUUGACACAUCAACGACCUAUUGCUCCCAAACAAACGAAAAUCCAGACAACAUGGUGCAAGCCAUGAAGCCGGGGUCGGUAAUCGUUGAUUUGGCGGCCGCCGGGGGGGGGAACUGUACUAUGACCAAACCGGGCACCACUGUCGUCACGGACAACGGUGUUACCAUCAUUGGCUACGACGAUCUCCCAGCCCGUAUGGGGCACAUCGCCAGUUCGAUGUACGCACAGAACAUGUACAAUUUUAUCUCGCACGUGCACGGCAAGGAGAAGGCCGAGGGCUUCGUGCCAGCGGUAGACGCGGCGCUGAAGGCCGGAGACGACGGAGAUAUCAUCGUGCGAAGCAUGGUCACCUGCAGAGACGGUAGUUUUAACCAAAUGUGCUGCGAGGUUGCAUCCUCUUACGUGUCAGGUGCUAGGCCCACAUGAGAAACAGUUUUCAGUAGUUUAUGGAGCUGCAAAUCUGUAAUGGAAAAAAAAAAGUGAGCUAUGCAAAACCAAAAUUCCAUAUCUGCAGGUAAGGAGCUGGAGAUGCCGCCGCCCCCACAGCCGACGCCGGUCUCCAAGCCGAAGACGGUAGAGGCGAAGGAAGUCGAGAAAGUUGACCCGAAAAAAGAGAUGAUGCAAACGAGCCAGAUGAUUGCGGCCGGUGGCGCCACUGUGAUGGCGAUCGGGACCGGCGUUCCGCCCAGUCUGUUGAACUCCUUCACGCUCGCGGGCGCCGCGGGGUACCAGGUCGUCAUGGGCGUCGCGCACGCGUUACACACCCCGUUGAUGUCCGUCACCAACGCGAUCUCCGGUGCCACCGCGCUGGGCGGCAUGAUGCUGCUGGGGAAGGGCGGGGUUGGGGUGGACCUGCUCGCCGCAACCGCGACGAGCAUCUCCGCGGUCAACAUUGUCGGUGGGUUUCUGGUCACGAAGAAGAUGCUGGAUCUGUUCAAGCGCCCCGGCGACGUGGACCACUCGAAUUUGCUCGCAAUACCGGGCGGGAUGGUCGUGGCCGCGCCGCUGGUAGGCGGAGCGGACCUGAUCGAGCCGACGAACACGGUGUGCGGGCUCAUGUGCAUCGGCGCCAUUGGCGGGUUGUCGAAGAUGACCACUGCGGACAUGGUAUCCUGUGUAAAAACGUCCCCACCCCAGAGUUGUCAUGCAAAUCUGCAUGCAGAAAAAGCUUCUCAUGCGGAGCCCCAUGAGAAGCAUGCUUCAGUCGUGUUUUGAAAUGUGUCAUGCUCCAAUCAGCUUGAUACACUAUGUCUGUGAUGCUGCUGGGCUAGCUCAAAUAGCACUACACUACGAGUCCAAAUUUGUCAUGCAAAAGAGCCAAAGCUUGUGGAUUUGUCUAGCCGAGUCCCCAUGUUGACUAUGGGGUGGGGACGUUUUUCCACUGGAUAAAUGGGCUGCAAGCUGGGCAUGUGCGGAAUCGCCGGAGCGGUCACAACCACGCUGAUGAGUACUCACUACACUUAUUUCAUCGUUUUCACAUUUUUUUUUUGCCGAACUUGAUGUCGACGUAAUGUCAAUGAUUGCAUGCAGUAUAGUGAUGUCGUGAAUUGAAGAAGAUCCAUAACGAUAACCAACCUAUCAGGCGUCGAGCCGGGGUACACGGUCCCGGCCCUCGCCCUCCUCGGUGCCGGGGGCGCCGGUGGGUACCACGUGGCCAAUAUGGUCUCCCCGAUCCAGCUCCCGCAGACCGUGGCUGCGUUCCACAGUUUGGUCGGUGCGGCGGCAAUGUUUGCGUCCAUUGGGUCCUUCGCGGCCCAUCCUGUCGCGGGCGCGACCAUGCACAACACCAGUGCCCUGCUCGGGGAUUUCAUCGGGGGCGUCACGCUCACCGGGUCCAUCGUCGCCUUCGCGAAGCUGGACGGCAGACUGGAUUCCAAACCCCUGAACCUGCCCAACAAGAAUCUGUUGAACCUGGGCGGGCUCGGGCUGCAGGGGCUGAUCGGCGCGCACUUCUUGAGCUCGGGCGGAGGAGUGAUGGACCUGUGGCUGACUGCGGUUUUGUCGAACGUAAUGGGAUACCACUUGGUCGGUAGCGUCGGCGGAGCGGAUAUGCCAGUGUGCAUCACCGUUCUGAACUCGUACUUAAAAGAACUGACAAUGAGUUGCAUCUUUUUUGUUUUCAUUUUGUGCAGAUUUUCCUUGGCUUGCGAUACUGAGAAAUCUAAACGUUCUUCAUGCGUGUAUCCAAGCAAAAUACCUUUCGAAAAAAUCCCACAAAUUUAUAUCUCUUCCUCGCCCACACACAGUUAUUCCGGGUGGGCGCUGGUCGCCGAGGGAUUUCUGCUGAAUUCCCCGAUUCUCACCGUGGUUGGGUCCCUGAUUGGUUUCUCCGGUGGUAUUUUGACGAAGAUUAUGUGCGACGCGAUGAACCGCGACAUCAUGAACGUCCUCUUCGGUGGCAUGAACGUCGCCGCGCCCGCGGCCGCGGGCGACGACACGCCAAAGGAGCACGUGGAAACCAACAUUGAAGCGACGGCGAACGCUCUGGCAACCGCGCAGAAAGUUCUGAUCGUUCCAGGCUACGGGAUGGCGGUCAGCCGGGCACAGAACGCGUGCGCGGACUUGGCAAACGCGUUGAUCGACAAUGGCGUGCACGUGGAAUUCGGCAUCCACCCGGUGGCCGGCCGCAUGCCGGGGCAGAUGAACGUCCUGCUCGCGGAGGCGGGCGUGAGCUACGACCACGUGCUGGAGAUGGACGAAGUCAACCCGGACAUCACCGACGUGGACGUUACCCUCGUUGUCGGCGCCAACGACAUAUCAAAUGCAAAUAUGUUUGGGUCUGGAAGAAUGCCAGACUUGUCAUGCAGGUUUUUCAUGACCCAUGAGGUCUGGUAUGUAGGACAUAGCAUGACAGAUUCUGUGAGCGUUCUAUCAUGCCUAUCCUGCAUGAGAAACUGCCUCGCGAUUAGGUCAAAAGUGAACAGCUUUUGGUAAUCAUGCAACACAGAUUUUUACAUGAUUGAGAUUUAGCAUGACAAGUUGCUUUGUUCCAGACCCAGACAUUUUUGCAUUUGAUACGACAUCACAAAUUCCGCCGCGCAGGAGAUCGAGGGCUGCAGCAUCUGGGGCAUGCCGGUUAUCGAGGUGUGGAAGUCGAAAAAGACGGUGUUCAUGAAGCGCACCAUGGGCGGCGGCUAUGCGGACUUGGAGAACCCCGUGUUCUUCAAGGACAACACGGAAAUGCUCUUGGGAGACGCAAAGGGCACCUGCGAAGGCCUGGCCACCAAGGUGAAGGAAAUUUUUGCUGCAUAGCGAUUCACUUUCCUUGUGGAAAUAUUUUGACGGUGGUGCUGCAGUCGCGCACGUUCUUUCGCCACGCUGUGAGGUUUUGCAGAAUUGGUAGACGAGAAGUCGUAUUUGACUAUUUUCGAAUGUACAUCAUCACUCAGCUUUUUGGAAUGAUUUCUGCGGAUUUUUCAAUAGCACAAAAUGAUCUAAGCACAUUGUCGGGUCGCAGCAUCGUGAGCUUUUUUUUCUCUCAAUGCUUUACCACUGGUGGUCGCGACGAGAGUGGACUCGAUGAAUCCGAUCCUGAAUACUGUAGGCAAUGGCACCAAGACUGAAGGCAAUGCCAGCACUUCCACUUUUGAGCACGAUAAGAAAAUACUUUUUUCUAGUGGUUGAAAGAAAAAGCGAGCCUGAGCGGGUGCUUUUUUUCUCGGCUUUGGGCUGUUCUUCAUGCGAUUCAAAUUUCGUUUUGUUCACCAUCUCAGGUCAAGGAGGUCUACGCGGCGUAAAGGAGUCUUUGCCACCGCGGGACCAGCCACCUCGAAGGUGGGGUCGCUGGAAGUUUCACUGGAUGGUUCUGCGGUCGGUGCUUGUACAACAAAUUUAGGAAAAAAAGCAGUGUCAAAUAAGGAAUAUAUAAGUCCACUAGUACAAAUAAUUCUGCAGGUACUAUCUAAUUCUAGUCGUGCUCUCACCCGCAGUUAAUGACAGAUUGAAGGUUCUUGAAAAGUCUCACACAAAGAGUUGCGUCGGUGGUAUGAGUCAUUUCAUCGACGAAAUGUCUCAACACCAUGGAAUUUUUAAGAUUUGAAGUAUACAGUAAGAAAGAAUCCCAAUGGGUUUGUCGAAGUAGUCGUGCCGUUGUAGAGUCGGCCAGAAGAUCUUCUGCGUCUAGUGUAAGGGAAAGCAAGAAGAUAUCAAACCUACCGUAUGGGUGGCAUCAAGGGCGAAAACAUAUCUAGUGAUUUGUCACCAGCAACAAGAUAGCGGUUCUGCCACUUCUCGCCUAGAAGCAAUCUACAAGCCGUCGUUGCUGUACGUAGUUUCACCUCCAUCGAUUCCAACCGGUUCUUGCCCGAAUACCGUAAUACUACUCGGAAGAUGUAAAACCAAAGAUGUGGCGUGAUCUUCGCUAUCGCUCGUGUAAACAAAUCUGACAUCGGCAGAGCAUUCCGUUUAAUAGGUGCUCAAAGUAAAAAGGUCAAGGGUGCAGCAGUAGGCCUACUCCGUACUGCACCCAUGUAUGCCGAUGAUUUUCCUGAUGGUAGUCCUUGGGCGGUAGACCAUUAUGAUAGCAUUUAGCAAACAAAUAGUGACUCAUAUUACGAAUACUCAGGCGAAGCCCGAUAGCUCGGAGCCAUUCCUAAAGCAAUGACAUUCUUCGGUCAGAUACUUUUGCAUCGGGGUCAAUAUCGGUUCCGACGCAGUCUGUUCCUCAUCGGUGGCAUUCGCAUUCCUUCGAUUCAUUAUUUGCGAUAAGUGCGUUCACG